AAUAAAUAAAAAGGAAAAGGGAGGAAGGACGGAAACGUAUCGCAUCACGUUUUUUAUAGAAAGCGAGAAGACUCGCAAAUCGGCGAGCGAUCGGUCGCGAGAUCGGUGAUAUGUGUCGCGUUGGCUCGUUGAGCCUCGAUGUGCUUGAUUCAGCGAGCAUGAAGCAUCCAUCGAGGUCAACGGAACUCGAGGUUGCUAUGGCACUCUUCGGCAUGGUCUGGCUGCUGCGAGUUCGUUCGGAGAUGCGUCGUUGUUCAAAGUGCCGACACGAGGAGAUGCUCGCCAGCCAGCAACAACAUCAGCAACAGCAACAGCAGCAACAACAACAACAGCAUCAGCUUCAGCAGCAUUCGCAGCAUCAACAUCAACAACAACAACAGCAACAACAACAACAACAACAACAACAACAACAGCAGCAGCAGCAGCAGCAGCAACAACAGCAGCAGCAACAGCAACAACAACAACGUCAUCAGCAACGUACGUUGUCGCAGGCAACCAGUCUUAUUCAUACACCCGAUGAUGUUCUCACGUCUUCGGCCAACACGCUUUACACUCUGGAUACACCAGGUGCUGCUGGUCCAGCUGGCAGCUAUUGCGAGGUUCACGGAUACGUCCAGGCCAAAGAAGAUAUUCAAGAGUUUUAUGAGCUGACGUUACUCGACGAAUCGAAAUCGGUGCAGCAGAAAACGGCGGAGACGAACCGCAUCGCUGCCAAAUGGGAAGCAAGCGACGGUCCAAUCACGCCUACCUUCGCCCAGAAUGACGACGGUCCAGCCUCGGCCUUCCCGUUGACCCAGACUCUGUUGAACAUUUACGGCCGCAGGUCGAGCAGACCUGACGUUCCAGGUCCCAUUGAUGAGAAUCAGAAAACACGUUACAACGCGGGAGGUGUGGAGGAACAAUUACCACCACCACCGUCACCACCGCAGGUGAAAGAGGGAAGCCAGUUGGAUGGAGUUCCUAGACCAAAUUCGGUCGAACGUAUUCUUCAUCCUGAUGCUACUACUCAACACAUACUUACCACUCAUGAAACAUUGAACAAGGUAAGUUUCCAAGACGUCGAGCAUGCCGUUCGAAACCACGUAACUCCGAGCCACGACAGUUGGCAAGGACACGACGGCGAUCAGGCACACACUCCUCUGCUCGCGGCGGACACAAGACACGUAAACGGCGACGAUGAUUGGGAGUACGAGGAGAUCGUUUUGGAAAGAGGUGGGGCAGGUUUGGGCUUUAGUAUCGCCGGAGGUACCGACAAUCCACACUUUGGUAACGACACGGCAAUUUACAUCACCAAACUUAUACCGGGUGGGGCAGCAUCCGCGGACGGACGUCUUCGUGUUAACGAUACGAUCCUUCAGGUGAAUGAUGUCUCCGUCGUCGACGUACCGCAUGCGGCCGCCGUAGAUGCCCUUAAACGUGCUGGCAAUACCGUCAAAUUGUACGUUCGCCGACGGAGACACACGCAGCUGAUCGAAAUCGAAUUGAUCAAAGGCAAUAAAGGUCUUGGAUUUAGUAUCGCUGGUGGUAUUGGCAAUCAGCAUAUACCUGGUGACAAUGGGAUAUACGUUACGAAGAUCAUGGAAGGUGGAGCUGCACAGGUCGAUGGUCGUCUCGUUGUUGGAGACAAAUUGGUAGCGGUUAGAAACGCCAUGGGCGACAAGAACCUCGAGAAUGUUACACACGAGGAAGCUGUGGCAACAUUGAAGGCAACUCAAGACCGUGUAGUACUUUUGGUGGCUAAACCCGAACACCUUACCUCCACCGCCACCGGCUUCGGAUCGUUCGGUAUCACCGCAACCACUCGUCUCUCUCCCUCUCUCUCUCUCUCUCUCUCUCUCUCUUUCUCUAUUCGCAAGCAAAAUGGAGCAGUGUCAGCGUUGGAGAAUAAUUCGACGCUACCGUAUACGCAAGAAUCUCGUCAUGCGUCGUCUCUAGCGCUUCACGGCGUCGCGACGCCUCGCGCCGUUUCACAGGAAGACGUCUCUCGAGAAGUCCGUACGGUCGUAUUGAACAAAGGCUCCUCGGGUCUGGGCUUUAAUAUCGUAGGAGGUGAAGAUGGCGAGGGUAUCUUCAUCUCCUUCAUCCUAGCCGGUGGACCAGCCGAUUUAAGUGGUGAACUUCGUCGCGGCGAUCAAAUCUUAAGCGUCAAUGGCAUCAAUCUACGAACAGCCACCCACGAGGAGGCUGCAGCGGCCCUUAAGGGCACCGGUCAAACAGUGACGAUCGUUGUACAGUACAAGCCCGAGGAUUACAACAGAUUCGAGGCAAAGAUCCAUGAUCUCAAACAACAAAUUUCUCAACAGAAUAUGAUGACAGGUACCCUCAUGAGGACCUCGCAGAAGAAAUCCCUUUACGUAAGAGCCCUAUUCGAUUACGAUCCUAAUAAGGACGAUGGAUUGCCAAGUCGUGGAUUGGCAUUCCGUUAUGGGGAGAUCCUACACGUGACGAAUGCGAGCGACGACGAAUGGUGGCAAGCACGAAGAGUAACUCCUCAAGGUGAUGAGGAAGGGCUUGGUAUAAUUCCGUCGCGUAGGCGAUGGGAGCGUAAGCAACGUGCCAGGGAUCGUUCGGUCAAGUUUCAAGGUCACAUGCCGGUCAUUCUCGACAAGCAAUCGACGUUGGAUAGGAAAAAGAAGAAUUUCUCGUUCAGCAGGAAGUUCCCUUUCAUGAAGAGCAAGGACGACAAGUCCGAGGAUGGUUCGGAUCAAGAACCAUUCAUGCUGUGCUACACCCAGGACGACACUAACACUGAAGGCAGCGAAGAGAACGUACUCUCGUACGAGGCUGUCCAACAACUCACCAUUCAGUACACACGUCCGGUCAUCAUCCUGGGACCUCUUAAGGAUCGUAUCAACGAUGAUCUCAUCUCCGAGUUUCCUGAUAAAUUUGGUAGCUGCGUACCUCACACGACGAGGAGUAGAAGAGAAUACGAGGUGGACGGACGAGACUAUCAUUUCGUAGCAUCUAGAGAGCAAAUGGAAAGAGAUAUUCAAAAUCACCUAUUUAUAGAAGCGGGACAAUACAAUGACAAUCUUUAUGGAACGUCCGUUGCAUCUGUUCGAGAGGUCGCCGAGAAGGGAAAGCACUGUAUUCUUGAUGUCAGCGGAAAUGCUAUCAAGAGGUUACAAGUAGCACAACUUUAUCCUAUUGCCAUAUUCAUAAAGCCGAAGUCCGUCGAGUCCGUUAAGGAAAUGAAUAAGAGAAUGAACGACGAACAAGCUAAGAAGACUUACGAACGUGCUCUAAAGAUGGAGCAAGAAUUUGGAGAAUACUUUACUGCCGUAGUACAAGGAGACACGCCAGAAGAGAUCUACGUUAAAGUAAAGGAAGUAAUCGCCGAACAAUCAGGACCCAACAUUUGGGUACCUUGUAGGGAUCAGCAACUGUGACGUCCUGCCCCCCACGCCCUCCCUGGCCCCAAUGCUUGGACCCUACCUCCAAGGCGUCAAGCUUAAUUCAUCUUGAUAAAAUAAUUAAGUAACAACACUCUAACGCCUUUCCCCUCAUCUCCACGAUCCUCCACCCACCUAAGUAGCACAAUGUUGUAACUAAUGGAGAAAAAGAAAGCGAGAUAGAGAGUAAUAAAUGUGAAUCAAGCUGAACUGACUGAAGAAGAAGAAGAAGAAGAAGAAGAAGAAGAAGAAGAAGAAAAAGCCAAGGAAUAAAAAAAAUUUUUUCGACAAAUCAUUGAUUUAAAGAAUUUUAAAGAACGAAUAGCAAAAAAAGGAAAAAAAAAAAGGAGAAAGAAGAAAAAAUAAGUCAUAUAAUACACGUUCAAUCUAUUUGUAUAAAUUGACUUAGAAUAGAAGAAGGACUUGGCUCAAAUUUUCACGGUCAAUAUCGACGUCCUGUCUCGGUUUGGAACGAACGAAGAAUAAAAUGAGAGAGAUCGUGUGCGCGUGUGUAUGUAUAUGACAAAGAGCGUACGUUGUUAUUGUUGCUGUUAUGUCUCUUGUAUGAGAACUAGUAAAAAAAGGAAGGAAAUAUGUAUCGUAACAUUUCAAUCGAUUGACCGCGUAUUGUUGUUGUUGCGGUAAAACUCGGCUCGAUCGAUAUUUACGAAUACUAUUCAAGUGCAACAUAGGACGAUUAAUAUUAAUCUUAUCGAUCUUGAAAACAAAACGUACACGUGCACGCACGCACACGCAUACGCACGCACACAUACACAUACACACACACACAGUUAAAUAUCUAACACACAUACACAAAUAUAGCAGACACAGACAAAAACAAAUGAUGAUUCGCAAUAAAGCGCAAAUGAGUACGCUUUUCUAAGCGACGAAAUCGAACGAAACAAUUUUUUUCUUCUCUCGCUAUUAAAAGAAAAACAAAUAAAUAAAUAAGAAAAAAAGAAAAAAAAGCGUCACACGAUCGUUCAAAAAAUACGCACAGCAUUGUCGUAUAGUAGGGGUUUCUGCUUUAAAAAAAUAAAGGAAAAAAAAAAAAAUGAAUAUAACAAUAAGAGGAGGAGGAAAAGGAGGUCUAAAUAAAUAUAUCUUCGAAACGAAUAGUGUAUAAAAAAGAUGAGACGGAUGCGAAGCAUCAUCGAUAUGAGGAAAAUUAUAUACGAGUGGUGGUGGGAGGAGGAGGGGGAGAGGAGGGAAAGUGCAUCGACUUUCCGAUCGACCACACGCAAACUAUGUAAGCUUCACCGAUUAUAUUCGAGCGAUGUAGCGGUAUUUUUUAAUGUACUUAAUCGCGAUAGAGCGAAAAUCGAAGAGGAAAAGAAGAAAGGAGGAAGAGGAGGAGAAGAAGAAAAGAAAAGGAGAGAUGAGAAGUUAAAAAAAAAAAAAAAGAAGAAAAUAAUUGCUUCUUAUUAUAGAGAGACGUGAAAAUACGUCAAAACGAUAGAGAGAAAGAGAGAGAAAGAGAGAGAAAAGGAGUGAGAGAGAGAGAGAGAGAGAGAGAGAGAAGAAAUAAAAAAAAUAGUAAUGAGAAACGCAGCUGAUUGGUCUCUCUCUCUCUCUCUCUCUCUCUUUCUUUUUCUCUGUCUCUUUCUCUCUCGAUAGGGAUACGCGAGGCAAUCGUUUUUCGAUUGUCGAGAAUUCGAUGCGUGUAGAUUGAGAAAUAUAUUAAAUGAGACUGCGUAUUUGACGAUUUUGACGAUUUGACGAAUUGUAUCGACUUCUCUUCCGUCGAUCAUUUGUCCAUGAAUAAUAAUGUAUUACAUACGUGAGUGAAUAAUUAUAAUAUCGUAGUGUACGAAUGGAAAUAAUGAAAUUAUAAAAGGCAAAAUCUGAUUUUAGAAAUUGAUAUAUCGAAUUGACGAAUGAUCGGGAGGAAGAAAGCGUAUAAUUUAUAUUCGUGACUCGUCUCUAAGUAAGAAUAUUACAGGAUCUACGCGUAUCUCUAAAGUCGAAAGAAAACAGAAAAAGAAAAAGGAAAAAAAAAAAAAAAAGGGAAACUAAACCUCACAAGACAAAUCUUAUA